GCUCACGAGGCCUAUGAUUAGCCGGUAGGAGUCCGGCAGAAGCCACUAUUGGUUCGUGGAAGCGGUGUCUUCUGGGAAUUGUAGUCUUACAGUGGUCUCUGCGCAGGCGCAUCGCUCACGGGCCAUUCCAGAGGCAGCAGCUGGGAGGCAGUUCCGAGGUGCUCUUAGCCAGGUGUUGAGCUGCAGUCAACAAGACUCGCUUCCUGGUGCUGACAUGCAUUCAGCUCCCCAAGUGAAGAUCCCAGCUAGAGAGAUGGUGUCGCUUAAUAAGAAGUCCGUGACGUUCAAGGAUGUUGCUGUGGAUUUCACCGAGGAAGAAUGGAGACGCCUGAACCCUGCUCAGAGGCAGCUGUACAGGGACGUGAUGCUGGAGAACUACAGAAACCUAAUUUUUCUGGAUGGGGAGACUAAUCCUGAAACCAAGGAAUUGACUCCAAAACUAGACAUGACUGUGGAAGGGUUGUCCCUGCAAAGCUUCACAAAGAUUACUCCCCAUGACCACAGAUUGGGAGAUACCUGGGAAUAUGAUGUCAAGUUUGAGGGAAAACAGGACAAGCCAGAGAAAGAUUCCGUACAAGUAACAGUCACCCAAAGAAGAGUUCCUAAUAAACUGAGGGACCACGAAUAUAACAAAUUUGGAAGAAGCUUCAAUCUCGGGUCAGUCCUUGUUCCACCCCAGAAAAUUCCUAUGAAAAAGAGUUUGCGUAAAUAUACUCCAUAUGGAAGAAGCUUCAAACAGUAUUCCAACUUGAUGAAAUGUAGUAGAAUCUCCUCUGAGACUUGUAAGGGUAAUGAGUCAGGCAAAGCCCUCUGUUACUAUUCAGACUUUUAUCAAAAUCAUAGAGUACAGAUGGGGAAAAAAGCUUAUAAAUAUAAUGAAAGUGAAAAGGCAUUUAGCCAGAACAUACACAUCACUCAGAAUCAGAGAAUUAGUCCUGGACAAAAGUCCUAUACAUGUUAUGAACCUGGUCAGGUCUUCACCCAUGACCCAUCCUUCACUACACAUCUGAAAGUCCAUAUUGGAGAGAAACCUUAUAAAUGUAAUGACUGUGGGAAAAUCUUUGGCUACAUUUCAUCCCUUAUUAAUCAUCGGAGAAUACAUACCGAAGAGAAGCCCUAUGCGUGUAAUUUCUGUGGAAAGUCUUUCAGAGACAGGUCAUACCUUACUCAACAUCAGAGAAUUCACACUGGAGAGAAACCCUAUAAGUGUGAUGAAUGUGGAAAAGUAUUUAUUCGAGGUACACAUCUUACUCGACACCAGAGAAUCCACACUGGAGAGAAACCCUAUCAUUGCAAUGAAUGUGGAAAAGCCUUCAAUCAGAGCACACACCUUAUUCAGCAUCAGAGAAUUCAUACUGGGGAGAAACCCUAUAAAUGUAACGUAUGUGGAAAAGCCUUCAGCCAGAGCGCUUACGUUGUUCAACAUCAGAGACGUCACACGGGAGAGUAUCCCCAUAAGUGUGACGAAUGCGGGAAAGCCUUUAGCCAAAGAUCAUCUCUUAUUGAGCAUCAGAGAAUCCAUACUGGAGAGAAACCCUGUGUGUGCAGCGAAUGUGGCAGAGCUUUUAGGAGUUACCCAUCUCUUACUAAACAUCAGAGGAUUCAUACCGGAGAGAAGCCCUAUUUGUGUAAUGAAUGUGGGAAAGCCUUUAGCCGAAGUGCUUACCUUACUCAACAUCAAAGGAUUCAUACUGGAGAGAAGCCCUUUAAUUGUAUUGAAUGUGGGAAAAGCUUCAUCCGGAGUGCACACCUUAUUGAACACAAAAGAAUUCAUACUGGAGAAAAACCCUAUGAAUGCAGUGAAUGUGGAAAAGCCUUCAGCAAUCGCUCAUCUGUCACUAAACAUCAAAAAAUUCACAUUCAAGGAAAACACUAUGAAUGCUGUGAGUGUGGAAAUACUUUUAUUAACAAAUCAUUACUUAUUCAACAUCGAAAACUCCACAUUGGAAAGCAAUUGUAAAUACAGACUAUGGGAAAAUUUCAGCCACAGCAACCAUUAACUAUGUAUAUUCAUGAGAGAAUUCACAUUGGCAGAAAUCUCCAUCGAUGAAAUGAAUAUUGGAUAGGCUUCCGAUGCAGAUAAUCAUUUGAAAAUUCAGACUAGAGAAUAAUCGUGGGAUUCUAAAGGUUUAUGAUCUUGUUGAUGUGGGUACUUUUUCUUCCUGAUGUAGAUGUUACUCUCUUCCUACUUUAAUACAGUUUAUAUGAUAGAAAGAACCUCAUUUGUAUAGUCAGGAUUUUGCUCAGUCAUUUUCAGUCAUGUCUGCUACUUCAUGACCCCACUUGGGUUUUCUGGGGAAAAAAGAAUAUGUGGCUUCAAAUCCCAGUUCUUCUAUUUUCUGUUUUCAUGACCUUCAGCAAUCCCUUCCCCCCUCUGAGCCUCAGUUUCCCCACAUGAUGGGGGUGGAUUAGAUGAACUCUUUAAGGUCCCUUGAAGGUCUAAAUUCUGUGAUCCUAUGAAUUGUCAUGGUCAAAAAACAAAUUACCUGCUGUCAAGCUUCUGGUGAUGACCCUGCUUAUGCUUAAGUAGACUGGUCCUUGGAUUGCAGACCCACCUUGGAUCACAUGGUUGUCCCCUACUCAAAGGAAUUCCAACUUAGUCAGAGCUGCCAAAGCUUGUGUUCCUCUGGUGUGUCUAUCCAGGGUCACCUCCACCUCACGCUGAGUCACCAGAGUAGGAUGUACGUAUUACCAUCCUGAUGUAUCGGGGAGAGGAUUGGUGGAAGUGCAAUGGUAAUAACACUCUGGGAGAAACUUCACCUCAGUUGUUUGUUUUUUACUUGUAAAAAUGUUUUGAGUGGUUGUCAGGUCUCCCUUAUAAUCCCUGUGGCUUCCGUGUCAUAUCUCUAUAUAUAAUGCUACUUUUAUUUCAGGUUUGUGUCACCAUUUGCUUGGACGAUUGUAAUGACUGUCUUAUCUGGUCUUCCAGCCUCUAGUGUCUUCCUCUGCCAAAAACUCGUUUUCCCAUGGCUUAGAACUGAAGCUUAAGAAGCUUCAAUGUCUCCUUAUUGCCCCUGAGAGCAAAUACAAAUUUACCCUGAUAUUUAAGGUCGUCCUCAGUGUGGCUCUAACCUACUUUUUCCCGCUUUAUACCAGUGUUCAUUCUAUCUACUCUUUUAUUUCUUCCCUUUAUACACUGUAUGGACACAUGACACUUUAGAAACUUCCAUUUCUUUCUCCUGACACUCAAUACUGUCUCCUACAUCUGGAAUAUACUAUUUUCCCAGCUUCUUUAAAAAUAACUCAGGGGCAGCCACCUCUGGAAAACUUUUUGGAUCUUUCCAACUGAAAAUGCCUUUUUCCUCCUCUAAAGUUCUCUAGAGCUCAAAUGAGGUCUUCUGAUUGAAUGUAGAGCUCACAAAGUAAUGAUUUAUUAUCACUAAAUGUUUGAUUCAUAUACAUGUUUGAUGUACCUGUAUAUCUGGGGUCGUGGAAAAUGUCUUGGGUGAAAAGGGGUCACGAGUGGAAAAAAUCCUGUUCUAGAGUACUUUAUCCUUGACUAUCUAAAUCUCAUUCUACCCAGUCUCUAGCAGAAUGCAAACUUUGAGUAUAGGAACUUUGGGUUUUUUCCCCUUUUACUCUCUAGCACCUCAGUGCCUUACACAAUGCCUUGCACAUAGCAGGUGGUGCUUAAUAAAAUUUAGUUGAGUUGA